GCAUAUGGCAUAGCGGCGGCUCCAGUGUGUGUGUGUGUGUGUGUGUGUGAGAUAACGGAUAGAACGGGGGGAAACCGGGUUGGUUCUGGUGUCUCUCGGCAAAAAACCUCCACGGGGCAAAAGCUACCUCCUUCAAAUCAACCGGUGUGUGUGUGUGUUGUUGUGCAUAGUGUGUAUGUUGUGGAGGUAGCAAGUUGCACAUGGUCACCACGGGGUUCUGACUGUUGCCGGAGUUGACCUGUCCAGCGGAGAGUGCCUGUGAGGGCUGUGCUGUGAGUGAUUAGCCGUUUUUAGCUCGUGCUUAGCGUACAGGGCCACACACAGACAUACAUUUUAAGAUGGACCUGUACCAGUAUUACAUCUACGAAAAUGCCGAUCAACGAACUAAAGACUGGUUUCUGGCGGGGUCACCGUUUCCAAUCGUCGGCAUCAUUAUCUGCUACCUAGCGCUGGUGUACGUCAUAGUUCCAAGGUACAUGCGUAACCGGGAAGCCUACCAGCUGAAAACGUUCAUGGGAUUCUACAACCUGUUCCAGGUGCUGUACUGUGUGUUUCUGAUUACAAAUCUAGUGAAGGCCGGCUGGAGGCCAUACUUUUUCUACCGAUGCGUUGAGACGGACUACUCGGACGACCCGAAGGCAGUGCUGAUGGUUGAGACGACCUGGUAUCUGCUGAUGAUCAAGCUGUUCGAGCUGCUCGAGACGGUGCUGUUCGUGCUGCGCAAGAAGCAGAACCAGGUCACGCUGCUGCACGUCUACCAUCACAUCAGCACGUUCGUGAUAGCGUACAUCUACACCAAAUACAUUGGAGGAAGCAUGCUGACGUUCUCGAUCGUGGCGAACUGUGUCGUGCACAUCAUCAUGUACUCGUACUACUUCAUGUCCGCGUACGAUGUGCCGCUGUUUAAGUUUCUCGUCGCAAAGUACAAAAAGUACAUUACCAGCAUUCAACUGAUUCAGUUCUGUCUGAUGAUGGUGAACAAUCUGCUCGGGCUCAAUCCGAGCUGCAACGUAUCCCGCCCGUUCCUGGCCAUGUACAUACCGAACAUCCUGAUCCUGACCUAUCUGUUUUACGAUUUUUACAACAAAGCCUACAGCAAAUCGAAAUCCGCCAACAAAGUGAAACAAUAAGCAUGGGAGGGGGGGAGGAUGGGUCGGUUUGGUUUUGGUUGGGUUGCAUGCCCACGGUAGCUGCUUUCUUUUCUUGCUUGAUUGGCACCGAAAUCCUUGGAGAGUGCAAUAAUAAAUCGAUUUUAUGUUGUCGCGCGUUAUUGGGACAGGCCGCAAAACGAGCGGUAGCACCUUCGCUUUUGUUGGGGGACAGGAGCAUAGCUCCAAUUCAGACACACAUACCAGGGCUAAUAUAUCGUUUCAAUGCCUUAGAGACAGGACGAUGGGAAAGCUUUAACUAAUGUGAUUGAAUUCGAGGGAAUUGUGUAUCGUUUUGGUAGGAGAGGUUUGAUUUUGUUGGUUCAUUUAUGGAUAGGAUUUGCUGCAGUAGUAAAAGGGGAAAGGCAGAAAAAAGUGAAACGUUUGUUGACAAUUACGUACCAGAAGACGGGUUAUUUCCUUUUUGUUUUGUAGAUUAAACCUUUUUGUUGCUGUUAGACAUGUAGCAACCAAUAGCAAACUAUCAUGGAAAUUUCGUUACAAUCCUGGGCUCGUGACCGCGGACCGAGACAGAUACGAAACGGGAGGGGAAGGAAAGACCGUUUGGUUUUUCUCCUUCGUUUUAUCACUGCGACAUAAAUUUAGCUUCCAAGUGCAUAUAGAUAUAUAGAUAGAGAGAGAGAGAGAGUGUGUAAGAGAGAGCGUUACAGCGAAUGGCAAAUUUAUACAUUUAAACACAGAGAUUCAAUUGCUACUUGCAAUUUACACAACAAGAUACACCCCUCAAAAAAUGCAGAGAUGGUCCAGCAACUAGUUACGAGAGCAACGCUCACACAAAAAAUUCCAAUGAAAUUAUAAACAACGAAGAAUUAAUCAAAAAUAAAGAACAACACGCGUGUUUAAAGUAUAAUUUUA